AUGACAUCGGUUAAAUCGGCGAUCAAGAACUUAAUCAUACUCUUCUUGGCACUCGCUUUUAUAUUAAAUGCCAACUAUUCUUUUUUAAGUCAUCGUAUUUAUUGUGAGUGUGAAAAAAAUAAUUCUUCUCUAUUUAAUCACUCUUCGAAUAGUUUUUAUCCUUGCAUUGCUGUGCUUGUCGAAUUUCGUACAGUUGAUCAUAUUAUUGCAAUUGUUGAUAAUGUUAAUCAUCAUAUUCCAUCAACAUGGCCAAUUCAAAUAUUUCAUGGAAAAGAUAAUGAAGGUUUUAUUAGAAAUUCAACUUUAGCACCAUUAAUCGCAUCAGGAAAAAUCUUUCUUACAUUCAUGAGUCAAACUUAUGAUCGUUUUCAAACAAAUCAAUUAUUAAUAGAUCCAAAAUUUUGGCAACGUGUUCGUGGUGAAAAAGUCCUUUUUUUUCAAAUCGAUUCAGUUAUGUGUUCGAAUUCACCACAUAAAAUUACCGAUUUUCUUCAAUAUGAUUAUAUUGGUGCUCCAUGGGAUUCAUCUUGGUUUAUAUUUAGUAAAGUAGAUUUUGUCGGUAAUGGUGGAUUCUCAUUAAGAACUCGUAGUAAGAUACUUGCUUUACUUGCACUUCAUCCAUCUGAUAAUAAAUUACCAGAAGAUGUUUGGUAUUCGCAAAAUUUACGUCGAGUAAAUGGAUCAGUUGCUCCAGUAGAUGUAGCUAAAACAUUUUCUGUUGAAUCAAUAUAUUAUGAAAGACCAUUAGCUGUACAUCGGUUUCCAUGGCGAUGUACGCCCCGUGAAAAAUUAUUUGAAACAUGUCCAGAAGCAAUGAUGGUCAUAAAGGGACCAUGCCAAAAAUAA